UAUAAGAGAUUAAUAAUAAUUGGAGAAUAUAAUAAAAACAAAAAAAAAAUAAUAAUAAGAAGAUAAAAUAGAGCCACAUCAUCAAGGGUGAGAAUUGGCGGUUGAGAGUGUUCCUCUUUCCCUCCAGUAAAGUGUUAAGAUUGAUGAUGAUGAAGAAGAAGAAGAUUAACGUUACCGCAAUAAAAUUUAGUCUGAAAUGGCACUGACAUCAUCAUCCGCCGCCGCAGUCGGAGGAGGAAGAUGGACUCAUCAAUUGGUUUACUGUUCUAAUUGCACCCAUUUGUCGAAUUUCCCCUUGAGUCCACCCAUCACUACUACCUCUACUAAACCCCUUAUUAUUAACACUUCAACCUUGUUCAGUCCCCUUGAAGAUAAAAGCCGACUCAGACUCAGGCCUAUUUGCAAAGCAGCGGAUACUCCUACUCAGUCCACCAUUUCCGACAAGUCUAUCGUCUCCGAUGAUGAGUUUUCUCUUGCCAAGGUAUCCUUUGGUGUCAUUGGGCUUGGUGUUGGGGUUUCACUCCUCUCGUAUGGUUUUGGCGCAUACUUCAACAUCCUUCCGGGAUCUGAAUGGUCCGCAAUAAUGCUCACCUAUGGGUUUCCACUUGCUAUCAUUGGAAUGGCCCUCAAGUAUGCAGAGCUCAAACCUGUCCCCUGCUUGACCUAUACAGAUGCUCAACAGCUGAGGGAGAAAUGUGCCACUCCCAUCCUUAAGCAGGUUAGGAAUGAUGUCAUCCGAUACCGAUAUGGAGAUGAACAACAUUUAGAUGAGGCAUUGAAAAGGAUUUUUCAAUACGGCCAGGGAGGAGGAAUUCCAAGGAGGAGUGCUCCAGUUCUACAAAAGAUCCGUGAAGAAGUUACUGAUGAUGGUAAAUACUGUUUGGUAUUGAUAUUUGAAGCUAAAGCACUGCAAUUAUCUGAUUUUGAACAGAGACAGGUGAGUGCUGAUUCUUUUUUUAGUUUCCAGAGUGGAAUCUUCUUUUUUCUGUUGUUGAUGAAUUAUAAUGUGGUUCACCAUCAGAUAAGAUUCACUCCCAUUUCUUCUUACCUCUUUAUUAAUAUCAUGGGCGGGUGUCAAAGUCCAAGCUUUCUAAUUCUACAUCACCCUUGUAACUGUAGGCAAAAUUUGCAUCAUUUUUCGGACCUGGUAUCACUGCAGAAGUUGGUAAGUUCUUAUAAUUUGUCAAUAUACUGUAGACGGAGGCCUGGUUUGCAUUGAGAUAAUUCAUUGUGAGUUGUGGCGUUCACUUUUUUUCUUCUUUUUCUGCAGUGAAGGGAGAAGAAAAGGACUUGUACGAGGUUCGACUUAUUUCAAACACUAUACUGUAGACAGAGGCUUUACAGGCACUCCAUAGACCUGUGGACCCUUAUUUACUGCUCGAACUGGCUUCUGGCUUAUAAUUUGGCAUACAGAUAAUUUGUUAGAUCAUCUGCUUAGAGAAGUAGACGUAUAUAUGUAUAUUUAAUGCUUCCCAUGUAAGAUCCGAAUGCAAUACAAAAGCGCAUUCUUCCGCUUUUAUGUUUUUCUGAACUUAUCUUUUCUCAUUUCUGAUUCCAAGAUUAUUGCUCAUUUUUUUCAAACCUAUAAUGUUGCUGAAACAGCAGAAGUGUACUAUUGUUAAACACGUUAGAUUCAUUAGUGAGGUAUCUAUAAAAUCUCAUACCAUCAG